ACUUCCAACUUCAUUGAAUGAUCCCGCCUGGUGUCUCUGUUAGCGUCUUGUCCAACCGGGUCAUCAGGACGGAUCAGCCAAUCAUGAAGAAGAAAAUAUACUACUUCAAAAUUGAGAUUGACAGCAUCGGCAGGGCAGGCAGACGCUAUAAUGGCACAGAUACAAAGAUGAGUCCUCUAUCUAGCUUUAUGGACGAGACAAUAGUUGUGAAUUCAAAUAGUAAUUUGCAUGGUUUGAGUCGAGUUUUCUGUGAAAAUGGUAUCGGCAGCGUUUAAAGAAACCCAAUCUCUCUUUACUCCCGUGACGGUUUAUUCUCUGUUGGCCUGCUCCGCUCAGUUCGUCGUGGGAUACAUCCUCGCGCAGAUAUGGGGAAGAAAAUGCUCUGGAACUGAUAGAUGGGUGCUCGUGUGGCUUUUCUACGACGCAAUUGUUCAUAUUACCUUGGAAGGACCCUUUGUUUACAUGUCACUUGUUGGAACCGUGGCAACUUCAGACAAUAUUUUUGCUGAACUUUGGAAGGAGUAUGGAAAGGCAGAUGAGCGCUGGCUCCACUCUGACCCCACCAUCGUCUCCUUGGAUCUGCUGACGGUGGUCCUGGACGGCAUCCUGGCGCUGGUGCUUGUCUAUGCCAUCGUCAAGGACAAACACUACAGGUAG